AUGAGCUUAAAUUUCUACUUGAAAUCCAAAGAUGUUGUUAUUCUUAAAACAAAACUUGAUAUAAUGAUGGAUGAAUUGAUAUCCGCAACAGUUAAGCAAGAAAAAGAGAAAUAAUCAAAUAAGUAAGUGAAUGAAACUAUCUUAAGAUGGGGAUAAAAAUUUCUAUCUCACAUCAGAACAUCAUUUCUGGGGAAAGAUUCAUUCCUAAAGAUAGUCAAAAAUAUCGCAGGCAAAGACUUAGAUGAUGAAAUGGAGGCUUAAUCAGUGCGAAGUUAAAAUAGUAAUUAAGAGGAAUCCAUCAACUUAUAUUCAUUCAGACAGAAUUAAGAUUUUGUGAAUAUUAGUCUUAAUUUACAAAGAGAUGACUAAGCUGCGAAGAUGAAUGAAUUCUAACAAGUUUAAUAGCUUUCAAUUACUAAAAAUGUAAAGAAGGAGAUCUAGUCUGAGCAAGGAUUCUCAAGUUUACAGGAAUAGUUUGACGGAAUAAGCUAUGAAUUGAAUAGAGUAGAGGAUAAAAUGCUAUCAUCCUAUAAAAGUGAAGGGGAAGCAAUAAAUCUAAAACUUGACAAAAUCUAGAAUACUUAAAAUAAAUAGAAAAAUGAGAUUUCAAUCGAAUUCGAAUAGCUUAGAGAACUAAUUUUGACUCUCAAUCAAGAGGAUUAACUAAAUAAGAAAGAUAAGCUCAUACUCGAAUUAAAUAAAGAAUUAAGUUUAUUGAAAACCGAGAAUUAGAGACUACUAAUGAAAGAAAAGAUAGCAGAUAAGAUAGGUAGUGAAAAACAAUACUAGUCAAAUUUAAACUUUCCCUAAAAACAAUUUGAUGAUUAGGAAAUUUCAUCACUGGAAAGCCAAUAUAACUAGGAUAUAAAUGUGCAACAUCAAACCUAUAAAAGUGAAUAAAAUCAUCUUUAAUACUAAUAAGUGAAAGAUUAGAACUCAAUCAAUAAACCAAAUUAUCUUGAUCAUUCAUAGUUCACUUUAAAAAAUGAGCAAACAACCAAACAGGAUAUUAUUCAGCCUUAAAUUAGUAAAGUUAAUAGCACCAUAAAGUUACCAGAUACUCUAAAUAUGACUUAUAAGAAAGAUGAACCCAAGUUUUAUAGUCAAUAGCAGCAAUAAUUAAACUAUAGCUAAAAUAAAUCUUAGUUGAAUUAAAUAAAAAGUCAAACACAAAAUGACUUAAAUUACUUUGAUUAAAGGAAAGAUUUAUAAUAAGUUGAGCAAUCAUUGAACAUAUAAAACUUUGUCUAAAACUAAGUAGAUUUCAAAUCACAAGUUUUUGAUUUUAGAUUUUAACCAUAACAUGAUAUCUUUUAAACCUCUAAUAACGAAGAAAAAGUCCCACACCAAGUAAAUUCGAUCCAAAUAAGUAAUGAGAACAAAAAUAAAUAGGCUGAAAGAUAACUAUAAUAAAAGCAUUUCUAGCAAUAUCAAAAUUAAACAAAUACACUUGAAGACAGUAUUGUAAACUCUGGCAAAAAUAAUUGGUUAGAUAUUUAAAAUAAAUAGGACAAGAAUUAUCAAUCAUAAAAAAUUAACCAUCAACCAUUAUAAAUGGAUUUUUUAGAAUAAAUCUAAUCUGAAAAUUUCUUUGUUAAUAAUCAGCAGAUAAAUUAAAUGUCCAAAUAGAAAGGGAUUACAGAUUAGAAAAUAAUAAGAAAUAAAUAUUCAGAAGAUACUUACAUUGAUACUAAAAUUAUGCCCAAGGAGCAUUCAAUUAAUCCUUAUUAGAUGAAAAAAUUAAUUACUGAUCACAAAAAAUCAAAUGCUUAGAUCUUAAGAAACUAUGGAAUUCUUAGUAAAAAUGACCCUAUUGACUUUAAACGCUUCAAUAACUAAAAAAUAGAAAAAUAAUACUUAUUAGAUUCAAAUACUAAGUAGACUGUUGUCUAUGUUAAUUCAAUAGAUGGAAAGACCCUCAUAGGUUAAAGUAUUUCUAAAUUCUUGCUAUUGGAUAAGAAUUAUGGAACGAAUACAUAGGAAAUCAAUUUGAAUAGUGACUUAAUUUCAAUCUUUGAAUUUGAUCGAUAUAUCUAUUGUGGUACUCUUAUGAAAAAUGUUUUUAUCCUUGAUCGUAGUACCUACGAGGUUAUUCAUUAGAUAGAAACGAAGGAAGUUGUAUAAAAAUUUAUAACUUAUUAUAAUGAUUUACCAAACGAAUCCCCUUAUCUAAUGGUUACUUUCUUGGAAAAAUUUGGCUAAAUUGAAUUCUAUGACUUCCAAAAGAAUAAAAUCAUUCUUAGUUACUAGCAUUCUUGCGGUUUAUGUAUAAAUGACGGAUUCUAAGUAUCUGGUAAAAAUGAAAUAUGCUUAGCCUUUAUUUAUUUAGACAGUAAAGAUUAAUAGUACAAGGAUGGCAAACUCGCUUUUAUUAGAGUGAACUUUUUCGAAUAAUUUUAGUCGGAUCCCGUGAUUUCAAUUGAAGAAAUCAGUUAAGAGGAUAGGAUGAUUGGUAAACCUAUAUUAUGUGUCUAGCAAAUUAAUACGAAUUAGUUUAUUUUAUGCUCGACAGGCAAAAACUUCUUUGUAAUUGAUAGAAGUAUAAAGAGUGAUGAAGCUACAGUAAUAAAGAACCCAUCUUCUAGUAGCAAUCAUAACUGCUUAAUUAAAGCUUAAGAUUUUUCAGAAAACUAUCCUUACCUGAUAUAUAAGGAUGCAAAAUCAAUAGGAGUAAUUAAUUGUGUUACUUUACAGGCGAGAGUAAUCGUCCCAGAUAUUGCUUACCAAAGAUGUGGCAACAUCUAUAGUCUUUAUCAAUAUAAGGAUAAGGAUGAUAAGUUGAAUUUGAGUACUUUGACGCUUGAAAAGGUAGGAGGGAGUUCAAAGAGAGCAGUUAAAAAUAUAGUAUUCUAAGAUUGA